AUGAAGCUCUACGGCGGCGUGCUGUCCUACUCCAAGUGCCGGAGCUACGCCUACGUGCUUAGGGCCAAGGACACGGUGCGGUGGUGGGCUAUGAGAGUACAACAGGCCAACGCCCAGCAGAAUACUGAUUUGGAUAACUCUAAACGCAGUCACGUUCCAGGCCACAUCAGAGAUUCCGCUUGGGGCGCUAACAUCGAGGACGUGCGCCGUGAGAUCCAGAUCAUGCACCACCUCUCCGGCCACAAAAACAUCGUCGCAAUCAAGGGCGCGUACGAGGACCAGCUCUACGUGCACAUCGUUAUGGAGCUCUGCACCAGUGGCGAGCUCUUCAACCACAUUAUACAGCGUGGCCACUAUAGCGAGCGCAAGGCCGCCGAGCUCACGCGGAUCAUCGUCAGGGUGGUCGAGGCCUGCCACUCGCUCGGGGUCAUGCACUGGGACCUCAAGCCCGAGAACUUCCUGCUCGCCAACAAGGACGAUGAGCUCUCUCUCAAGGCCACCGAUUUCGGACUCUCCGUCUUCUUCAAGCCUGGUGAGCUGCUGAUGAGAAUCGCAAACUUUACAUUAUGA